GAGGUGAAGAAGAAGCCUGAUCGGAAGUAGAAAUCUACCCGGAAGUAAGCGCGGAUUGGGAAGUUGAAGAUGGAAGCUGCUGUGUUUAUCCUGUCGCUUGUCGACUGCUGCGCCUUGAUUUUCUUGUCUGUGUACUUUAUAAUCACUCUGUCUGAUCUUGAAUGUGACUACAUUAAUGCCCGAGCCUGCUGUUCAAAGCUAAACAAAUGGGUCAUUCCCGAACUAAUCGGCCAAGCUCUAGCGACAUUGCUAAUGCUGGUCUCCAUGCACUGGUUUAUUUUCCUCCUCAAUGUACCCGUGGCAUCGUGGAAUGUUUACAGAUAUUUGAAGGUUCCUAUGGGUAACAUGGGAGUGUUUGACCCAACAGAGAUCCACAACAGAGGACAGUUAAAGUCCCAUAUGAAGGAGGCCAUGAUCAAAUUAGGUUUCCACCUACUCUGCUUUUUCAUCUACUUGUACAGCAUGAUCCUGGCACUGAUCAAUGAUUGAUGCUGCAGAGACGCAAGAACCUCGACUGCCAAAACCAUAAACUGUCAAAUUUGUGCUGUGAAUACGGUCAUCACUCACAGCUAAAGCCAAUUCAAUAAAAAAAAAAAAAAAAAGAAAAACAGCAACAACCCCACACACUCCACCAUGACUAUAAUCUUCUCCUCGUUGAAACAGUCAACUUGAGAGACCGCCGUUCCUAUUUGUCGUUUGCUUACGUAUUUGCAUUGAAGUAAAGCUUGGUGUAGUUACUUUAUUUAGCCGUUUGUGCAAAAGGUUCUCAAGCUGUAGCACUGCUCCCAUCAUGCGCUGCUUCUCAGGACUGAAUCAACAUGACAAUCUCACUGACUCAUCAGAGCAACUGAUAAGCUUACAGCUCAUGAGCACGUCAUGUCUCCACACGCUUGUCUUAAAUGUGCUGUCAUUGUGAAUGUGUCCACCUGUCUCCCAGAUGGACCUUUAUUUUUUUUUUUUUUUAUUUGUAAAUUGCUGGAAUAUGCUCUGUGUAUAAUGUUUUUUAAGUUCUUUAGUUACUAAGAAAGAUAUCAAAUUGUAUUAAGCACAUUUUAAUUGACCGACUUGGCAGGGUUUUGGGUUAAGUCAGUACAUAUGUAUUUCACUUAUGAUGAAUGCAAAGGUUGUGUGUCCCUGGUUUUCUGCAGUGUUAUUCCUGUUUUUGGGGGUGCCAUGGUUACCUCUAUGCCUUCUGGUUUUCAUUUUAACAAAUCUAUCAGUUCAUCUAUCAAGCUGCGGUUUGUUGGUGUGAGCCAUUCUCGCAUUUUAUUAUUAAAUAAAGACGAGUCCAGUUAGAAUGAAAAACACUAUGCUCAGGGGUAAGAAGCUGGGAAUUCCUGCUGUGAUCUCUUAAUAGGUUUUUGGUUGCAGUGUAGUUUUAUGGCAGUGGUCUGUCAAAAACAGUUUCUGCAUUUCUGGUCUCAUUAGUUUCAUGCAUGCUGUUUAUCCGUUUCACAUUGAUUACCUUUCCAUCUUGUUGGGACUAGCUCAACACCCUGAAAAGCCCAGUUUUAAUAAUGUAUAACAUGUUGUAAUGAUUUCUCCUUGCUGGCCAUAUCUUCUGGACCUUGCCCUGAUCCAUGAUUUUGAAGGGAAAAAAGAAAUAAAGAACUAUUUGGGUUUUUUUUUUUCAAAGGCACGGUACUAGAGUGUUAAAAUUACUGCCGUAAUCCCUGCAUUUCUUUGCAAGUGUCAUAUAUUUAUUCAUUUUAUUGAUUUUGUUGGGGUUUCAGCUUAUAGUCAUAAUUAUGUAAUCAAAUGACAUUAAAAAUGGCUAGAUUCUUUUGUUUCAUGAUUUUCACAUUUUCUGAAAUAGACUCGAGCUUCUAGCAGUAAAAGCUUUUUGAGAAAUGCAACAUAUGAACAUUAGAGGCAUACAUACAGUUUCAGCAGUAGGCAUGGGUUCAGUUUGGGAGAAGGGUAAAUCUCCAUCAUUUUUCAUUACAAUUAACCUUAAAGGCUGCAGAGAAUUGUUUAAGAGUUGUCUACAAUAUAAGGAGACUUUUUUUUUGCCUCGAUAGACAUCGCUUUUUCUAAUUAUAAAAGGACAAGACCUGCAGAAAUAUUGGGUGAGCUGCCUGUUAGCACACUAAGCAUCUAAGCAAGCCUACUCAUUAUGACCCAGAAUUCAGCAAGGCAUUCUCGGAUGAAUUAAGGAUUUUUGUUGAGUGCAUGUUUUUGUUUUUCUUAUUUGUCUUACAUUUACUGUAAAUUGAACUAUUCCUGCAGGUGUGCAGGAAUCACCAGCUGCCAACUCAAGUCUGUGACCUUCGGUUGGCAUCUUUAAAGUAUAAAAUGACCGGGUCAUUUAUUGAAAUCCAUAACCAGAUCUAUUUCUUUCUAGCUGCAAAAGUAAUUUAGGACUGUAUUAAGUCACUGUAGUGAAAAUGAUGGUAACUAAUGAAUUUGUAACUUGAGAGAUUUGGUUGAUUAAAGCAAUUUUCCUUUA